AUGUAUACAUUGGAUACAAAAAACAUGUUAGUCCUUUUUAUAAAAAUUUCAACUUUUGUCCUUUUAUUUUGGAUAAAUCCUUUCAACAUGAAUGCGAGUAUGUAUAGUAAAUCUAUAGAUGCGCUAUGUAACAUUGGUAAAAUAUUAUAUAGAAAAAAUUAUCGAUUACUAGCAAAAUAUAAACAAAUAAAUGAUUCAAAUAAUGUAUGUUUAAACAAAAUCAUCCCUAUUAGUGGUAUGGACGAAAAAAAAGAAAUAUAUAAUAAUGUAAAAGAACCCAAAGAAAGAAACAACAAAUCAAGUAGAAAAUUAUUGAAUAAGGCAGAAUAUUAUACAGAAGUUAUAGAUUAUAACAAUGGAAUGUUUGACGGAAAGCAUUUCCAUUUUGAAAAAAAAUUGAUAAAAAAAAAGGAUUAUGAUAAUUUUCUUGAAAAAAACAGGAGAAUUAGCGAUAUAGCUUUAAAAAAAAUAAAAUUUAGGAAUAAAGGAUUUGGAGUUGCUAUAAUUUUUUUUUUUUUCUUGUUGGGAAUAGGAAUUCCAUCAUUAUACGGAAUAGAGUCUUUAAAAAUUGAAACUACAAAUAUUCAUAAUCAUGAAAUUUGGAAACAUUUCACAGAUCUUAUAAAAAUUAUGGUUCCAGAAUCUAUAGCACCCUAUGUUCAUACAAUAUUAUUUAGCAUCCUUAUAGUUAUAAUAUCAAUUAUACUUAUAGUAACAAUUUAUAAGAUCUUAAGAAAUAAUGAAAAAUACGAAAGAAUUAAAUUAAUAUAUCAGUAA